AUGUGUUACAUCUACAUAUUCAUGUUGCACUUCAUUCCUUGUCUAAGCGUCGGAAUAUUGGUAUGCGUAUCUAUAGAAAAAUACUUAGUGUUCAUGCACCCGUUUUCCAAGUGGACUCAGCAAAUUCUUCGUCGACGCGUUCGCUUUAUGAUGACACUAGUCACUUGGGUUCUGAGUAUUGCCUCCAAUAUUCCGUACGCGAUUAACACUCGGCUAUAUCGUUUCAGUGCAACAGCGGCUGCUUGUGGACGAACAGACACCUUGCGUGUGUGGGUUACGGUAUCGUUCGUGCUCUGGUACAUACUGCCGUUGGGCGUGUUGGCCCUUAUGUACACCAAAAUUGGCAUGAUGUUGUGGCGAAGUGGCAGUUGUAUGAUAACCGUCACACGACCAAGCAGUGAUUCGCAAAACACCGCGCAUCCGGGAAAUUCUUGGCAAAUAUCUAAUGGACGAACGGUUGUCUACAAGCAGGACUCUUUGCUCCAGGUGCCCGACGAUCCACAAGUGAAGAAACGUCAGCGAGAUUUGACUGAAAGCCGCAGAAAGGUGGAGUAUAGACCGCCUGCACUGCACUACACUGACAGCGCCACUCCUGCAUGGGUUCGUUGUUGUGUUGUCGUCACACCACGCAUGUUCUCUCUCGCACACUCCUUUCCUGCUUUUAACAAAAAACAUUAUCUGACACAGUUACCUUAUGCUUCACUAUCCGCACUCCGCUAA